AUGGCCUUCUUCACACAACUCUUCACCUCUAAACGUGGAACCCUGGCCAGGAUCUGGCUCGCAGCCCACUGGGAAAAGAAGAUAACCAAAGCCCAUGUGUUUGAAUGUAAUCUGGAGGCAACAAUAGAGGAUAUUAUUUCUCCUCAGCUCAAGAUAGGGCUGCGGACCUCAGGUCACCUGCUCUUGGGCAUCGUACGGAUCUACUCUAGGAAAGCCAAGUAUCUCCUUGCAGACUGCAGUGAUGCCGUGGUAAAAAUCAAAGUGGCUUUCAGACCAGGACAGUUGGAUCUGCCUGAGGAAGGGAUGGAAGCCAUGGUUAAAGCCAUUACACUGACUGAGGAUUUCACUGACUUCGAGUCGCAGCUGCCUGAUCUCAACGCUAUUGACGUGGUAGAUCACUUCUCACUGAACCGGAGCCGCACAGAGGAAAUCACUAUGAAGGAAAACUUUGGAAACAGUUUUCUCGCCAUGGAUGACUUGGGAGAUGAAACCCAGUCUCAUCAGGGACUGUUUGACACAAGUUUCCAAAGUCUUGGUGCACAUGGUGAUGCGUUCGGUGAUGAGGGCAUGGCUUUUGAUCUUGUUGGUAAGUUCAUUGCAAAUGCUAAUGAGAAUAUGCUGCUGACCGAUUCCUGCGGUGAAUCACAACCUGAGGUCCCUCCAACACCCCCGCCGACUGCUAUUAAUUCUACAGGGCCUUCCAUAGCUACUUCAGAGGCCUUGCCAGAGACUCCGACAGUAAAUGAGACCACACUGCUGAAGAAUGCAGAGGAAGGCUUUGCACUCGAGCCUGUGGCUGUUACACCCUCUUCAGUGAGGAAGAAAGGGAGCAGGAAAAGGAAGCUGGUAGUAGAUCAGUCUAAACAGCUUUCGAACGAAGCCAUCAAGGCGCAGCUAGCUGACUACUCUGACCUCCUGACCUCACUUGACAUAGCUCCACCUACAAGGCAGCUCAUGGACUGGAAGGAAAACGGAGGCGUGGAUUAUCUGUUUUCGCAUUUCUGCACUCCUGUCAAUGACCGUGACUUGCAGAAGCUCUUCCCGAGAGAUGUGUUACCUAGGAAAAUGGGGCCGAGCAGCAACGCUGGAGAUGAAAGUGACCCCAAGGAGACAAGGGAGCAGGCGAGAGAGGCUGAGAGUGAGCGCACUGCUGUGUCCAUGAUGGAGGAGAUGAGCUUACUGCAAGAGACUGUGGAACAGAACAGAGCAGCAGAGGCAUCCGGCUUUAUCGAAACAUCUUUCAUACAUAAAGAGCCUCCAGAAUCCAAUGAAAGCGGGCUGGAGGUGUCGCGUCCAGAGCCGCUCUCUGAGGAGUCAGUGUUUGUCCAUACAUCUGGAAUGGACAGUGAAACUCCACUGAUGCAAACACAGACACAGCAAUCUGCCCUGGACAGCCAGAAUGUGGAGAAGAGAAUGACUAGUCGAGCACAGAAUCUUCUCCAAGCUAUCAAAAAGCAGAACAGCAGCCCCAGUGCCACAUUCAGCCUUCGUGAAAUGUGCGAGGAUCGCAGUCGAGCCAACGCAGCGGCCAUGUUCUUCUGUCUGCUGGUGCUGAAGAAGCAGCAGGCUGUAGGCUUGCACCAGAGUGCCCCUUACAGUGACAUCAUCAUCACACCUGGUCCCAUUUUUCAGAAACUUUAG